AUGGCACCCAACCUCCUCCAUCCCGCUAAAAAACCUGAGCCGUUGAACGCUCCUCCAGGAGCUUCAGCCAAGGUUCAAAUUGUGGAUGGAACCGCCAGAAUAACCGCCCCCACAGAUGUUUUCAUGACACCGCCAAUUCAUGGUCAUACGCAAAUGUUCGCGCCUGCGUUCAGUUUCUUGGUUGAGCAAGUAUCUUCAGGCCGGAAGAUCCUGUUUGACUUGGGUCUACGGAAAGAUUGGCAAAGCCACCCUCCUGCUGUUCAGUCUCUAAUCAGCGGACCGGGUUGGGCCUUUGACGUCCCAAAGAAUGUCGACGAGGUCCUUCAAGAAAACGGUGUUGACGUUAAGGGUGGCGCGAUCGAGGCCGUUAUUUGGAGUCACUGGCACUUUGAUCACACAGGGGACGUGAGUCAGUUUCCCACAAGUACGACUCUGAUUACAGGCCCUGGCGUCAAGGACUCUUUUUUCCCGCUCUAUCCAGAGAACGAAAAUUCGCCACUACUAAGCUCGGAUUUUGCGAAUCGUAAGCAUAAAGAGUUGGAUUUCGAGGGCAAGUCUCAAUUAAAGAUUGGCGGCCUUAGAGCGAUCGAUUAUUUUGAAGACGGUUCGUUUUAUCUUCUCGACGCUCCGGGACACGCCAUUGGCCAUACAUGCGGGUUGGCGCGAGUUACGUCCACCAAAGAAGGGGAUACCGAGGACACCUUUAUUUACAUGGGCGGCGAUACAGCGCAUCAUGGGGGCGAGUUCCGGCCCACGGAGUACCUGCCUCUCCCUGCAGAAAUCUCGCCAUCUCCGUACGUGUCCAAGUUCGCUUCGGUUUGUCCAGGGCAUCUAUUUGAGGCCAUUCACCCCAGGAAAAAGGGUGUCGAUCCAUAUUACGACCUCUCUACUCAUGUUGCUCAUAAUCACGAAGAGUCUAUACACUCCAAUGAGCGUAUGCAAGUCUUUGAUGCGACAGACAAUGUGCUCGUUAUCAUUGCUCACGACAUGACCAUACUUGACCCUGCGUGUGGGUUAGAAUGGUUCCCCCAUGGUACGGUGAAGAAUUGGAAGGCGGCCAAUGCAGCUGAAAAGGUCCGCUGGCUUUUUCUGAGGGAUUUCGUUCCUGCAGUCGAAAACUCUGUCCCAUGA